AACAUCCCACUUGAGAUGAGACUGAGCGUUGAUAGGAAGAAGUGGACCAAACACCCGGACGGGAAGUUCAUCGGCGGUGGGACUCAUCUGCUUGAGACGCCCGCGUUCGCUCAGUACGUCCUCAUCCUGCCGCUGGAGAAUCGUCCAGAAUUUGGCCUCCGCUUUGACAUCUUGGGAUGCGCGCAUGAAGAUGAGACGACCUGCGCCAGAAAGUUCAACAGCGUCCGCUUCACCGAUUCGAUGACGUUCUACUGUCCGCCCAGGUGUGGCAAAGAGGAACACUUUGUCGCUGGAACAUUGGUCUACUCGGAGGACUCGCACAUCUGCGCGGCCGCCAUUCACGCCGGCGUCAUCCGGAACGACAUCGGAGGAGAUUGUAUUGUGAUGAGAGCUCCCAAACAGCAAGUCUACACGGGCUCCACCGGGAACAGGAUCACCUCCAGACAGUGAGUGGUCGACCUUCACGGAAAAGUCCCAUGAAGAGCCACCGGCUAAUUAGCGCUUUACUAUUUGCAGUUUGAACGACCCGCUGGGUGUGUCUCACACCUUUGCGGACGGGGAGCCCAGAUGCGCGGCACCUGACUGGGAGGAGUUUGCCGGGUUCUGCUACAAAACGUUUGAGGGCAAAAAGAAAUGGGAUGAUGCGCAAC